GCCAUCAGCUGUUCUCUGGCCAUCGCGUUUUUUGGCCUGCACUUUGAACCUUGCGCCCCGUUUUCGUGCGAACAAAGAUACGAAUUAGAGUGCGCCUGUCCGCAUUCCGGUUCGUCCUCCUCCGCCGUCCAAUUGUCCGUCGCAUUUUCGGUUCAGAAUCCCGCGAAACUCGCUGCCGUGCACAUCGCAUCGCAUUUUCACAGCUGCGCCAGCAUUUUCGUUCGCUCUCCGUUCAGAGCGCUCCAUUUCCGCUCAAUCCGCUCUUUCCGCGCGCUCCUCUCUACAGUUCCAUUGAUAAGCAGCGCCCCCGCUCCUGCCCCUCGACGCUCCCCCCUUUUCCAAAGUGCAAAGCAAAUCAAUCAAUUAAAAUAGUACGCCAAAAUAGUGCAGUGUGUUAAAUUAAUUUCGCUUGCUGCCGCGCUCAUUUUGUGUUUAUUUAUUAGCAGAGCAUAGUUUCCGGCGGAAAAACUAUUUUCCGUUAUUUUCGAGCUUCCGUUUGGCGGCCAAUUAGCAGGAAUAAACCAAAAAGUAUAAGCCAACAUGACGCACUGGGAGGACUUCUACAACACACACCUGCCGCCAGCGGAUUUCGAGGACAAUCGCUCGCUGCUCAAGGAGUUCUGCGAGCGCCACAACAAACUCCAGAACCGCAUCGUCCUAGUCACGUCCGGUGGCACCACAGUCCCACUGGAGCACAAUACGGUGCGGUUUGUGGACAACUUCAGCGCUGGCACUCGGGGAUCCGCUUCGGCGGAAUACUUCCUGGAUCACGACUACGCCGUGAUCUUCAUGCACCGCCACAAGUCGCUGGAGCCCUUUACGCGCCACUUCACCGGCCAGCAGUUCUUCGACAUGCUGGACAUCGCGGACAAUAGUCAGAGCUCGACGAUAGCCAUCAAGCCGGAUUCGGUGGACGUGUUUGCGCCGGUGCUGGCCAAGUACAAGAUAGCCCGCGAAACGCAGAUGAUACUGUACGUGAACUUCACCAGCGUGGUGGACUACAUGUGGCUGCUGCGGGCCGCCUGCGAGUGCCUGGCCGCCUUUGAGGAGCGGGCCGUGCUCUACCUAGCGGCGGCCGUAUCCGAUUUCUACAUACCCGAGGACAUGAUGCCCACCCACAAAAUGCAAUCGGGAGAUGGGGCGCCGACGAUUUCGCUGCAGCUGGUGCCAAAAAUGCUGGCCCCCCUCGCCAGCCUGUGGGUGCCGCACGCCUUUGUGGUGUCCUUUAAGCUGGAAACGGACGAGAGCCUAUUGAUUGUGAAGGCACGUGACAGCCUCAACAAAUACAAGCACAAGCUGGUCAUUGCCAAUGUGCUGCAGACACGCAAACAUCGCGUGGUGUUCGUCACGCCCACAGAUUCCUACGAGCUGCAUUUGAGUCGCGAACAGACGCUACAGGGACUCGAGAUCGAGGAGCCCAUCGUGGCCGAUGUGGUGCAAAAACACGGCGAGUUUAUCAGCAGCGCGCAACAGCGCCAAUGACCGUUAUCAAUGCGCCGCCGGCCACAGACGCAGCAGCAUCUGCCGCACCAACACCACCACCAACUGGCCACCGGCGACGAGGAUGACGAUGAUGGAGGGGAUCUGGAUGGGGAUCCGUAUUGCGUGACCACCUCGCAUUAUUGCCGCGUUCUGAACCCGGGCACGCCAAGCUUUGCCCGCAAAUAUUGAGCAGGUUAUAGUCCAUAGUUAAUAGUGGAUGUGGAUGUGAAUGUGAAUGUGGAUGGCAGACAUUUGCAUAUUCCUUACCGCUUGAGUUUCCGCCACAAUUCGGUGUGUCUAUUUUAUGGUCGCGCCUCAUAAUUGAGGUGGCUUCGCUCCAUUGCCAUCAUAUUGUUUCUUGUUGUUGUUUUCAUAUUAGUUAAUGUAUUUCGUUUAAUGUUGUCCUGAGAAA